CAAAUAACAAGGUCUUGUGUGUUAAUCAUUGUGCUCUUUUUACUUAAGAGUCUUAAAGAGUUUAGUCAAGGUUGACUGGACCAAUUUUGGCAUGUUUAUCUUAUGAGGAAGUGUUGAGCAGGUUGGGCUUAUUCUGAAGUUUAGAAGAAUUAGUGUUGAUCAUAUUGAAACAUAGUUGAUGUUGAGGGGGCUUGAUGAGAGGGUAGGUGCUGAAAAUAUAUUUCUCUUUGUGGGAUCUAGAACUGGGGGCCCUUGUAUAAAAAUAAGAGUUCAGAGUAAUUUCUUCUCAUUAAAAGUCACUUUUUUCAUAUCUUCUACUGCAGAUGGUAAUCCAGGCUGGGUUAUUGAAUAUAUGCAAGACUAGGUUAUGAAAGAUUUUCAUCUACAUGAGAGUCAAUGGUUGUCAAGAAGCAGGCAGGAUAGCUGAAGUAAGGCCACCAUUAAAUCAGCCAAGAUAUUAUUGAAUCUGAUAAUAGAAAUAAUCAGUAAAUAUCCCUGCUUCUUCAUGAUGGACAGAAAGUCAUUGGUGCAGCAACUGAAGAUGGUUGAAUAUAGAAACUAACUUGAGGUAGUCCUGUAGAACUUUCAUGUGGCUGAAAUGAUUGGCAUCCAAUAAUUUAGUUUCCUAACACAAUCAAGGAUUUUACCCAAGUCUUGGUGACUUCAGUUUUAUCAAGGCUCCUUAAUGCCACCAUUGAUCAAAACCAUUUAAUCUCACCUUGGAUUAAAUUUAAUCUUCACUUUGGAAUUUCUUAGUUUUGUACAUAUUUGGAUCAAGGUUGUAUGGAUCUCUGGAGCAAGAGCCGAGUUGACUCCAACUGAACAUUGGGUAUAUGUCAAAGGUUCUGAGGAAUUAUACAGAGCAUGCCUGUGAUGGAGAAUAUAUUUCUCUGCGAUGCCCUCAUAGAACAACCAUCAGUAUCCAGUCUUCAUUUUAUGGCAGAAGGGCACCUAGUCACCAGAUGUGCCCAUCUCGCUACCCACAAACUUUCAAAGACCUUGAAAUGGAAGACUUGUCCUGUUCAGCUAUUACAUCCUUGCAGAAAAUGUUGGAUGAAUGUCAGGACAGAAGAAAUUGUCAACUGCUUAUCAAUAGUCGAAUAUUUGGGACAGAUCCUUGCCCUGGAACCAGCAAAUACCUCCUAGUAUGGUAUAAGUGUCGGCCAAAUGAAUACAAGAGCAAAGUGGCUUGUGAAGAUGACAAGUUACGACUGAACUGUAAACGAAGUAUGGUAAUAGCCAUCUACUCUGCCAUCUUUGGCAGGUCACAAGAGGGAAGCUUAGAAUGUCCUUUCCAGAAUGUUGGAGCUCCAGCAAUAGACUGCCAGUCAACCUUAGCUUUACAGAUUAUGACUAAACGAUGCCAUGGGAAGAGAAGCUGCAAUGUAUAUGCAAGUUCCUAUGAGUUUGGUGAUCCCUGUUAUCCAGGCAUCCGCAAAUUCCUCAAUGUCAUCUACACCUGUGUUCCAAAGAAACUGCUGGGUGAAACCAACUCUAAACCAACUCAUUACAAAGGGAUUCACCACCCCAAUUUUUCACCACACCCUAAACCGUAUGAUCCUAACAUUAUAGGUGAUGGUGUCUUCUCCCAUGAUGUGCUACCCUUUAUAACAGAAGUGUCUUUACCAGAAGAAAAGAAGAAAGAAAGAUCAGCUUCUGAUUACCCAAUAGAUGCCAAGCCAUUACCAGACCCAGUGGAUAAGAUUGACAAACAACUUGUUGAAACAAGGGGCAUUAGGACAGAGAUGGCAUUAUUAAGCAACCUUUUGGAAACCUAUUCUUAUAUCAUAGACAAUCCUGAGAAAACUGCUUUGUAUUUUGUUUCUGGCGUGUGCAUUGGACUGAUUUUAACACUGUGUGCUCUGGUUAUGCGGAUAUCCUGCCGAACAGAUUUUAAGAAAUCAGGGGUAAAGAAUGCAGGUGAUGAGGAUAGUAAUGAUGAUGAUGAUGACAGUGAUGAUGAUAACUCUGAUACUACCUCUGAUCUAUCUGCAAGACGACAUCGCCGCUUUGAGAGAACUUUAAAUAUGAAUGUUUUUACCUCUGCUGAAGAAUUGGAACGAGCACAGAGAUUGGAAGAGAGAGAACGGAUAAUUCGAGAGAUUUGGAUGAACGGCCAGCCAGAUAUUCCUGCCACUAGAAGUUUGAACCGCUAUUACUAAUGUGUUAUCUGGAUUCAAAAUGAUGAUAUGGUAAUGGGUUGAAAGACAUAAUGGUGCUUUGGCAUCCACCAGCUGUAUGUGACUUGAGCUAUAGUUAUCCUCAGCUCUGGUGCAUCUCUAGAUAAUAACCGGAGUAAAGAACUUUAAUUUCAUCAAGCAUUUGAAAGAACUUCUCCAAGUAUUAAAAUCAAUUUGUUCUUCUUAAUAUCUGAAGAAUGAAAUGUUCCCAUAUUCACUGAAUAAUCUCAUCCUUAAUUCAUUAAGGAAUUUACCUUUAUUUAACAAAUUUGUAGAUCUAUUUUCCAGUGGCAAAACUGAACUGGUGCCUCAGGGAUAAAAUCCUGUUAUUUUAUUUGUCUAAGUUUAAUUGAGAGUUCUCAUAUUUUUCAGGAUGCAUCAUUGAUUAUACACAACAUGUGUAUUUGAGAGAAAUGAAAUGCCUCUGAGGUUAACUGGUGCUUUUAAGGGAAAAACUCAUGAAUGUGCCUUUGCCUUUCCAACUUGUUUAUUGUGAUAAUUGGAAAGUACUGCAGCCAACAUUUAUCAUAUUGACAAAAAUUUAUAAAUUACAAGAUCAGGAUGCAUGAAUGUAAUGUACCAAAGCUUGUUUGAACAAAACCAAAACAUUAUUUUCUCUUGGAUAACGAUUUACAAAUUAAAUAAAAAUAAAUUAAUUCUGAAUGUUAUUAUUCUUCUUGGAUCUCAGUACUGAGAUAAUUGGGACCCUUGACCAGAUGCUGAAAAAUAAUCAAGUCAGUUUGUCCACUUUUCUUAACAUCUGCUUAAGUUUCUCUUUAGUCCCAUGUUAUCAAUGAGGUAAUUAAAAAGAAAUACUGCAUAUGUUAGAUGUCUUUAAAAUGCUCAAGAAAUUAAACUGCUUUUCUACUUCAGAUGCUGACUUGGUGUGUAUUUCUAAUAUUUUCUAUUAGUGAUAUCAGUCACACUGAUACUUCAGUUUACCCAAUGAAGUAUUGUAAACCAAUUUAUGCUCAGCUUUUUUGACAUGCAGGAGAACUGAGUAUAUUGUCAUGCAGUUUAAUUUUAUUUGUUACUGCUGUGGAUAAGAAAUUAGGAAAAUCUAUUUCAUCUAAUUGUGACUAGAAUUUUUUUGACAUUCCAUUAAAGAUUGUGAUGGGUUAACUAGGUUUAUAUAUUCAGAAACUUAAACCACAACAUCAUGACAAAAUACUUGAUAUUUUACUAUGUAAAAAAUGUUGUAAUUUUAAAACACAAAAGAACACUAUUAAAGCUAUGAAAGAGCAAAUAUUUUCCACCUUAUGAGCACCUGUAUGUUUUUGUAAUAAAUUCACUGUUGAAACACUUGGUGUUGUUGUU